UAUAAUGGUUAUCACUACCCCGACAAUAUGCAUUCUUGGUUGCGGUACCAUGGGCAAAGCUAUCUUAACAGGAAUUUUAAACGAUAUGAACGGAGUUAUUAAAAACAAUUAUUCAGUUUCUGGUGCGUCGUUUAAGCCACGAAAAUUUAUCGCGUGUGUAUCAGGAGACGAAUCAGCUCAGAAAGUGAUCAAUCUUUUCGGAGAAUUGGUUACGGUGGUGGCUGGGCAAAAUGCAAAAGGUGUUAGUGAAGCAGAUGUUGUGUUAUUAUGUACAAAACCUCAAAUAGCAAAAACAAUUUUAACCGACGAUGGUAUGGCCGAAGCGCUAGAAAACAAAUUAAUUAUUAGCAUUUUAGCUGGAGUAUCGAUAUGUCAAUUAAAAGAAUGGGUCCCCACUUCAACCAAGAUCAUACGUGCUAUGCCGAAUACUCCUUGCAUGAUUCAAGAAGGUAUGACAGUAUUAAGCUGUCCCACCAAUGCUAACGCUGAUGACAGAGCUUUUGCAAUGUGGGUAUUUUCUGCAUUGGGUAGGGUGAGAGUUUUGGAUGAAAAGUACUUGGAUACUGUUACAGGACUAUCAGGGAGUGGACCAGCGUUUGCAUG